AAAGUUAGGGUGAAAUAAUACUGUCAUCAUGUGUGUAAGAUAGUUGUAUUUCUUUCUCUUUAGAUGCAGUGUUUCAGGAUCUUUGCUGUUCUGUUUUGCAGUGUUUUGUAGUACCUUACCACGGAGCUAUUGUAGUUUGUUAUUUUGUUUCAAGGCCUUUAUUAACUAAGUAUAUUUGUGAACUUUACAGCAAAAGACUAAUAGUAGGGCCAGUGAGGCAGCGCAGCAGAUUAAAGGCACCUGCUGCCAAGCCUGAUAACCUGAUGUGAUCCCUGGGCCCCACAGGGUGAAAAGAGAGAACUGAGUUCUGCAAGUGUACUGUGUAUUUACACAUGCAUAUGCAAAAUAAGUAUUAGGAAUGUAAUAAAAAUUUAAAAGCCAAUAGUACAAGGAUUACAUUUAGGUGUCAAUUUUUGUGUUCAUAUAUUAUAAUAUACCCUAUUUGGAUGUAUAGUAUAGACAUACAUGCUUGUGAAGAGGGUGCCAAAUCCCCUGGAUCUAAAAUUAUAGGUGACUGAACCAGCUGAUGUGGGAACUGAACUCUGGUCCCCUGGAAAAGCAGCAAAUAUUCUUAACCACUGAGACAUCUCUCAGGCCCAGGUUCUCAAUACUUUGAAGCAACAUUUUUGUAUUAGUUUUUUUGUUUGUUUGCUUGCUUUUGUUUUUUGAGACAGGGUUUCUCUCUAUACAGCCCUGGCUGUCCUGGAACUUGCUCUGUAGCUCUAUAGGCCAGGUUGGCCUCGAACUCCGAGAUCCACCUACCACUGCCUUCCAAGUGCUCGGAUCAAAGGAGUGUGCCACCAUGCCCAGCAUUUUUUUUUUUUUCCCCUGAGACAGGGUUUUUCUGUGUAGCCUUGGCUGUCCUGGACUCACUUUGUAGCUCAAGCUGGCAUCAAAUUCACAUGAUCCACCUGCCUCUGCCCCCCCUUAGUGCUGGUAUUACAGGCAUCAUCAUGCAUCAUCAUGUCCAGCUCUCUUACAAUAUAAUCCCAUCAUGUUUCCCUUCUAACUCCUUCCAAAUACUCCCACCCCCCCUACCCACCUAACUUAAUGUUUUCAUGUUGUUUCCCCAAACAGGGGAAAAAAGAGAACAAAAAUUAAAACAAGAAAUCAGUAAGACCAAAAAAACCCAAAAAACAAAAUAAAAAACAAAAAAUAAAAGGCCACACACACACACACACAAAAAAAAAAAGAAAAGCAAAAAAUCAAAACCAUAUAGUUUGUUUUCUACUGGUCAACUACUCCUCAGCAUGGGACCUACCACAGUGUGUGGUUGAUGUAGCUAGUGACCCCUUGAUAGAUCCAGGCACUCCUAGUCUUUCUUUCCCAGCAGUUAUCAGUUGCAAAUGGCUUCUUGGUUAACAGCUUGGUUAGGGGUCAGUCUUUGUAUCCGUUUACUCUUUUCAGUGCUGAGAUUUUGUCUGGUUUGAACCUGUGUAGGUCUUGUGUGUGCUGCUGCAGUCUGUCUCUAUGAGUUUGUGUCAGUCCUGUUGUGUCCGGAAGGCACUGUUUGCUUCAAGUCACCUGGCGUCCUGCUUCCUUUUCUGCAUAGAUCCCUGAGCUUUAAGGGGGGAGGUUUAAUGAUGGCACCCCACUUACGGCUGAGUACGCCUCGGCUCCAACUCUCUGCACGUUGUCUAGUUGUGAAUCUCUGACGAGGACUGAGUGAUGCACAGAUCUGUGGGUGUAAUAAUAUAUCAGUAAGAGCCAUUUUAUGCAUUUUUUUUUUUUUAAGAAUAAUAUUAGGUUUCCCUAGAUCCAUGACCUAUCUAGUGUGAAGUUCAUGGCCAUUUAAAGCAACUUUUAAUGAGUGCAUAAAGUUGGACCUUUUUAUAGGGUACCUUGCGAUGCUUUGAUUCAUGUAUACAUGAUGUGCCUAAUACUUGCCCCUGGGCUGAGGAUGGAACUAGAGUCUCAUGCCUGCUAUGUGGAUGCUUUCCUGCUGCUGCUCAGUGUUUAAGAGUGGGAAGAGAGCCAGUACACAGCAGAAGAGUACCAGGCCAUCCAGAAGGCCCUGAGGCAGAGGCUGGGCCCGGAGUACAUCAGCAGCCGCAUGGCCGGAGGAGGCCAGAAGGUGUGUUAUAUUGAAGGUCAUCGGGUGAUUAAUUUGGCCAAUGAGAUGUUUGGUUACAAUGGCUGGGCACACUCCAUCACCCAGCAGAAUGUGGAUUUUGUUGACCUCAACAAUGGCAAGUUCUACGUGGGAGUCUGUGCAUUUGUAAAGGUGCAGUUAAAGGAUGGCUCCUAUCAUGAGGAUGUGGGUUAUGGAGUUAGUGAGGGCCUCAGGUCAAAGGCCUUGUCACUGGAGAAGGCCAGGAAGGAGGCUGUGACUGAUGGGCUGAAGCGGGCACUCAGGAGUUUUGGGAAUGCACUUGGAAAUUGCAUUUUGGACAAAGACUAUCUGAGGUCACUAAAUAAGCUUCCACGACAGAUCCCUUUGGAAGUGGAUUUAACUAAAACAAAGAGAGAAGAUUUUGAACCAUCUGUAGAACAGGCAAGAUAUAACAGCUGCCGACAGAAUGAAACACUGGGACCCCCCAAACCACAAGACGCAACUUCCCCUUGCAGACCAAGCCACUCACAUGAUUCGAACAUUAGGCUACAGGGGGCUAAGGACAGCAGCAGCUCCUGCAGUCUGGCUGACACUGUGGAGAGUGAUGCUACUUACCAGCGAAAGCUCCGGAAGCUCCGGCAGAAACAGAUGCAGCAGCAGUUCCGGGAGCGGAUGGAGACCCGACAGCAGGGCCUUACACCUGCCGAGGUGGAAGCCAAGCCUGAGGUGGUGCUUCCAGCCCCUCCAAAAUACAGCACCCUCGGAACUGCUGCCUCAGGACUCGCCAGUGGGAAAACCGUCUUUCCAGAUAAUCUUGAAGACAACCUUGAAGUGUGGGACUUGACUCCAGAUUUAGAGGACAUCAUUAAGCCCUCGUCUAGACCAGAACCACCCCAAGCCUCUGCCACCCGAACCCUCAACAACCAGGUGGUGAUCCCGGAUGGUGUCCUACAUGGGCUUUGCCACCAGGAACAAGAAAAGCCUGGACCCGGGUACCUGCAGACCUGCAGCACCAACCAGCACGAACUAGGAAACUCUGAAUCUCAUAGGAAGAGCCAGGACCUGAAGAAAAGGAAACUGGAUCCAUCCUGAAGCUCAAGACAUGACUAGAUUCUGUCACCAAAGGACUUUGGAAAACUGCAGUUUGGUCACAAAAUUGUUCCCAAGGCUUUACACCUUUGUUCAUUCUGAACUCACUAGAGGACUUACUGUAGAGAAAGCCAACUAGUUUAGAAGGUUUUCGCACCCUGUAAUCGAGGCCAACAGAUAAAAUGUCUUUUUUUCAGCAUCAUUCACUCUCAAGCUACUGUAUUGAGAUUUUAGGAGUUAGCAGGCUGCCUAACGAUGUAGCCCAUCAAGCCACAGUUUUGAUAUUUUACCUACAUUAAAUUAUGUGUGAUCUCACCUUUC